GGGACACCGUCAAUGCAUUCACAGCAGACUGGAGCAGCAGACCCCCUCCCACACACACACACACACAUGCGGGUGCAUUUUACCAUCACACAGAGGUAGCAGAGGAAUGGAAGACAGAGAAGAGUCUUGCCCUCUUUUCGCCGAUCCUGUGUAUCAUGUUUCUCCGUGGGGGUUUCAGGGAAGGCACAGAGUGUGUCCUUUGUUGCUAUUUGCCUGGAUUUUAGUGUGAUGCACUAGCAACCACCUUCCUCACAAGCCUCAGCUGGACUCCAAUUCUUUGCAGAGUCUGGAAUAAAAGAGAUCUGUUAAGUUGAAAGAUGCUGAAACUGAAAAAUACUUCAAGGAUUCUGAGUCAGAGAAAGUGGACACAUACAGAGAUUUAUCUACACCAACCAAAGUGACACAAGUGGAAAAAGCACAAGCAGCUGCCUGAGGAAGCAAAUUUCUUCUGAAGUCUGAUGAAGCUUUGCUGUUACUGAAAAGAUCUGAUCCCCAGAAAUCCUCAUUGGCAACAUGUCAUCCUUUCUCUAGCACUGUCUGGGGUCCAAACAUACCAAAUUGCCUAUGUGCUACCAUCAGAUAACCCUCAGGCUUAUCAUUACACGUUUGACCUCUCUAAAUUGCACAACCACACUUUCACGAGCAGCACAUAUAUGUAACAUGCAGUGGCGACGGCGACACUGCUGUCCGAUUAAGAUGACAUGGAAUAUCAAACGGUCACACUUUCGCAUGCAUAUGAUGGGCCUGCUUUUGCUGGCCUUAAUUUUCACUAUCUUUCUCAGCUGUAGCUUCAAGGACUGGCUACCCAGUCAACAAGGACUACGAGAAGACUCUGUGGCCUACACAAUGCAUGGCUUGCAUCCAAUAAAGGAACAUGCUGAGAGCAACCAAAGCUCACUGCAUAGCCUCUGGAGAGAGUCACUUUUUGUUCCUUCCAAGCCACCUAUGAACUUCAGUUCUCAUCAGUCAGAGGUUGCAGUUCAAAGCAUCUCAGGAAUGGAAGCAUCUCUCAGCACUAACAAAACAAAUGACAAUACAUUGCACAGAGAAAUGGGUGUGGGAGAGCAGUUGGCACCUAAUCCAUACCAAUAUUUACUAAAUGAGCCCUACAAAUGUCAAGACAACAACCCUUUUCUUAUUCUGCUCAUUGCAGUAGAGCCAGGGCAUUUGGAGGCCAGGAAUGCUAUCAGGCAAACAUGGGGAAACGAGAGCUUGUUCAUGGGCAUGAGCUUUGUGCGUCUCUUUCUCAUGGGCGUGAAGACCAGUCCUGAUGGCCACCCUCAGAGUGCCAUUGUGGAAGAAAGCUUACAGCACCAUGAUAUCAUACAGCAGGACUUCAUGGACACCUAUUAUAAUCUUACCAUCAAAACACUGAUGGGCAUGAACUGGGUUGCCGAGUAUUGUCCUCAUGCCUGCUAUGUCAUGAAGACUGAUAGCGACAUGUUUGUCAAUACAGAGUAUUUAAUCAAAAAGCUGCUGAAGCCAGAACUACCACCUCAGCACAAUUACUUUACUGGCUACCUAAUGCGAGGUUAUGCACCAAAUCGCAACAAAGACAGCAAGUGGUACAUGCCUCCAGAGCUCUAUUCCAGCGAGAGGUACCCCAUCUUCUGUUCCGGCACAGGCUAUGUGUUUUCUGGAGACAUGGCAGGCAAGAUCUACCAGGCAUCAUUAAGUAUACGUCGUUUGCAUCUUGAGGAUGUCUAUGUUGGAAUCUGCUUAGCAAAGCUCCGUAUUGAUCCUGUGCCUCCGCCAAAUGAGUUUCUCUUCAACCACUGGAGAGUUUCCUACUCAAGCUGUAAAUACAGUCACCUUAUCACCUCCCAUCAGUUUCAGCCCACUGAACUCAUCAAGUACUGGAACCACUUGCAGAGCAACAAGCACAAUGCUUGCAUCAACAUAGCAAAGGAGAAGAGUAGCAAAUUUCGUCACAGGAAGCUGGAGUGGGAAAGGCUUCGGUGA